UACCCACCGUCGCAGUCGGAUAUAGUUACGCUUACUCGAAAUCUCCUGAUAGCUCCGACAUCGAUUCUCAUGCCGAGCCUGACAUCAGAAACGAUGGGGUUCAGGGAAGAAGUCCAUCAUAUGUAUCAUUAAUAUUCCAUUAUAAUAGGAACGUCUCACGAGUCAUUCCCGGUUUGUUUUACCGCCCUCUCCUUCCACUGUAUCUGCGACGAGGCCCGUCGCGACUCAGAGCGUUCGCUGCGCGUGUUGCUGUAAAUAUUCCCUGACAUGUCGAACGCCAGCUCUUCUGCAACCGCCUUGCCGGCUCUGGAUAAUACGAUGGGUAUGUUGUAUUUAAGUGCCCUGUUUGCUAUGGGCCUUUGGGGCGCUGGAACGGUCCAGAUGUAUUUUUAUUAUACUACGUACCCCGCAGACUCGCGAUGGCUAAAGUACCUAGUUGCCGUGACCUGGUGUGCGGACACCGCAAAUCAAGGGCUCAUUAGCCAAUUGGUGUACACAUACCUUGUCACAAAUUUCGCGAAUCCUGCCUAUCUAUCUGCUUUACAACCCACGCUCCUUCCAAUGAUGUUCUUAACUGGCAUAAUUGCUUUACUUGCCCAAACUUUCUUCUGCUGGCGAAUUUGGCGUCUCAGCAACGGGAAUAUCUGGUUGACUGGGGGCACAUAUAUUGUGUGCUUCGCCUCUUUUGUUUCAACGAUGGUUUUUUACGGAAUGACGGCUGACUAUAAUGAGUUCGCACAGUUGAUUCCGCUACAUCCUUAUAUGCAUGCUCUCAAUGUCCUGAGCGCUGCAUCGGACGCUAUAAUAGCCGUGGUGCUAGUAUACCUUCUGCGCAAACAAAGAACCGGAUAUCGCAAGACCAACUCCAUGAUCAACCGCCUCAUCCUCUUUACUCUCAACACAGGCGGCAUCUGCGGAUUAUGCGCAAUCCUCACACUCGUAUUCAACAUCGUAUACCCCGAUACAUAUAUUUAUAUGUUGUUCUAUAUCAUUGUAUGCAGAGUGUACCUGAAUUCCCUCCUUGCGACGUGAGCAUUCUGAAAUCAACCGUUCGCAGCCCUUGUUUUGACCCUAAUUCUGUCCAUUCAACAGAUUGAACUCCAGGGAAACGAUCCGUGCAAUUGGCAAUGCGACUAUCAUCAACUCUAUGCCCAAUUUCUCGAAUCAAGACUCCAUCAGUUUGUCUUUUGUUGGCGCACACGGUCAUCCGGAAUUGGGACUGGGGUCUUCUGGUACUACGGAGAAUGACCGAGAUUCCAAGACGGUCGGAGGAUCUCGCACUAAUGAUGGUCAUCCGGAGUCGAAAAUA